CUGACAUGGGGCUGCUUUACUAAUGGAAAUCAUUGCUGUGGAGCGCUGGAGCUGGAUGCAGACAUCUCCCACUAUGGACGUGCAUGGCUUUUUUUGCCAGAGAAGAAUGAGUGCUCGGUGACAUGCGAUUUGUCUUGUAGAGGUUGUUAAAACAAGACACAUCAUGGGUUUAACGUAUUGGACUUCAAUACAUUUCAUCUUCUUGGCAUGCUUACGCUUGAGCCUCCAGGAGGCAACGCCAACUGAAAUCCUCCCAUGGUUACAUGAAGAGUUUUUUGUACCAGGUCCUGUCUCAUCAAUUGGUCAUUUGCCAGAGGCAGAGGAUGUUUCAACUCGGACACCAGCAUGGCUUCCGCAUAAUGAGGUACAAUUUCCUGAUGAAAGCCAAACAGAAAGGAAUAUAUCCUCUGAUGUAAACCAUGAGAAUUCCAUUUUAGUAUCAGAGCAGCUACAGACUAAUAUUUCAUUGCUUAACAAGACUUUGGAAGAGAAUGAAACUGUACAGUCAAUCACUCCUACUUAUGUGCUAACAGACAAGCAUCUGACAGAGGUAGCUAUUGAAGAACCUCCAACUGUGCCACUUGUGAUGGGCUCUCAAUUAUCAACAUCUCAAUGGUCUGAAAUCUCUUCAGAGUUCUCUACAUCAGCCUUUUCUACAGCCUCUCUCCUUGCCCUUGAUACAUUUUAUGAGCCAGAAUCCAGCUUGGAUGGUUCCCACUAUCUACUAAAAGAAUCGGAUGUUCUGCCUACAAUAGCUUUAAGCAGUUCCUCUUCUCCUGGUGUAUCUGAUGUCCCUUUACAGCCAUAUAUCUGGGACAUAUCACCAAAAACUAGCAUUGAUCUGCAGACACAUGAAGAAGAGAAGACCACAGAAACACAAUCUUUUAUGACGCAGAAAAUGGAUGACCAAGAUGAAUUUUUAGCCACUGAAAUGGGCCCACUUGUUAACUCUGAGAUGUAUUCUAGGAAAAUCAUUGAAGAUUCAACAAUACAAUACAGAAAAGAGACAGAUGAAGAAACAUUCAGUUUAGCAAUGGCUGAAAACAUCACAGAUUUGAGCUUGAUAUCACUUGGUCCAACAUCACCAGCAGAUGCUUCUACCUGGGACUGUUAUCAUUCUGGUUCUGAAAAAUGUGACUUUGGUGGGACACAGAGACCAACUGCUCAUGAGCCAGACCCUACUUUCCAUGGAUAUUCGCUACUUUCUUCUCCUCCAAUUUUUAUUAGCCUGCAUGCUGAUUGGAAUACAUCCGUGACUGACUGGGGCAUUGCUUGGGAAGCCUUGGUAUAUGGGUCUGUUGGACUCUAUGGGACAGUGGCACUGCUUGCUCUGCUCUCCAUCUUUUGUCUUGUGUUUAGAUGUCCAUCAGGCGGCUUCUAUUUUGCAGUGUUACACCUAUUGUUGAUAUCCUUAGGCAGCAGCCGUGCCUUUGCUCUCUUUUAUGAUGCUUAUGGCCACCAAGAACGCCUUCCGGUGUUCACUGCAUUGCUUUUACAUGACCUGGCUUUUCCCUGCAUGACGUCAAGUUUUAGUGUUGUCUUCUUGUUGCUGUGUUCAAGAUGUCGCCUCCAACACUCAUCACCAGUUUUUCCACGGCUUUGUAUUUUUGCUUCGGCAGCUUUUCUCCACUUUAUCACUGCUGGGGGAGCAGUUGUAGUAGUUGAUGUGUUUCAGCAAUACCCAUUUCUUCUUUUGGUGUCUCGAGGCGUCUAUGUAGUCUUAACAGUAGUCCUGUCCUUAUCUUUCUUCAUCUUUUGUUGCGUUGCACGAACCCAAAACACCCAAAUCUAUGAUCUCAAGAGCUCGGCCCCUCCUGCAGAGUAUUCUAGUGGAUGUCCUUUUGCAAAUUUGAAAGACUGGAGCCGCGCAACGUAUAUUGUUCUUUUUUCUGCCUGCUUUGGUAUUUUAAAUGCUGGUCUUCAGCUGUAUGCAAUGCUUUAUGCCUUGGGCUAUGGUGGAGCUAUUGUUUUUGGCCCUUGGCCUUGGUGGGCAUUUCAGUUAAGCUCAAGUCUCUGUGAAGUGGGCAUCUGUCUACCCCUUGCACUUAUAGGUGGUUACCCAAUUUUUUGUGCCAAUGAGAUAGGGAGGACAAAUUGUUGGACACAGCUUUUCCAUCUUUCCCCUGGCAAUGUGGCAAUGAAGGCACCUAUGCUGCAAAACUCCAAAUGGGCAUCUUCUCAACAUGAAAAAUUGCUGAUAUGUGACACCAUUGUUAGGAGCGAGUCUGAAUUCUUUCCACUUUACACACUAGUGGAGAAACGCUUAAGUAAUGGAGAAGACCUGAGCUUAAUUUACCACAGCAACAAAAGCCUUGAGGUUCAAGGCUUAAGCUUCCAGGGUUCCAAAACUCCUUCAUUUAUCAGUGUGCAAGUAGACAGCGACUCUACUGUCGAUUUUCGGCCUCCAUCUCCAAUAAAUCUACGACGCAGCAUUGAUGAAGCACUCUUCAGUGAAUCUUUGAUACCCAAAAGUCUUUUCCAUGGUACUACACUGUCUAGUAGCUUGUCCCUCACUGUCAAAAGUGCCACACCAAUGGAAGACUGUGUAUUUAAAGAGAAGGCCUCUGACAGAGGACUUUAUCGAACUUCAUCCUGUGUAGAAAUAGAGACCGGUAUGCCCAUCAUUCAGGUCGCGCCCACUGCUACCAUGCAUGACACUCCGACUUCAUCUUCGCCAGGUGCAUGGAGGGAAGAGCAGAGCACUGCCAGUUCUCUCUGUAAAAUGUCAAUGGAUGGAUCAUCUUUAGUGCUUUGUUCCAGUCCAGAACCUGCUGUGUCCUCCACUUCCACCUAUAAAGGAAAGCAAGAAACAGGCUGGCAAUCCAAAGCAGAAUAUCAUACGCUGACUCCCUCAUCGCAGGAGUGGCUGGAAGUUGCAACUCAACCUGGAAGUACUUUGAGCGAUCACUUAAUAGAUGUUUUUGGACCAAUCGAUGCUCUGAGCGUUUGCAGUGAAACAAUUGAUUUGUAAAUUAAAUU